UCGAUAUACACGUAGAAAUACAGUAACAGAAUACAUGAUAGCCAUAAUUACAAAUGGAUAAACGAAUACGAUGACUAUAGGUGAUAUCAAAAUGAUCAGCCAGUCGGAAUCUAUCUCAAAUUGAGAGAAAUCCAUCGAGAAACUUUGCUACGAACGAGACUUGAAAUUGAAGACUCUUGGUUGUUGAUGUACUUUGUGUGACCGCUGGUCAGCAGGAAGUGCUCUAAACACAAUAUAGACGUCAACAUUCUUAAAGUAUUUUCAAAAAUCACAGUAUCGCACCUUCAACAUGGAUGACAAAACUCUACUUGAUGGUAUUUCCUUGGAUAACCUAACUUGGACCGAUGAAGAAUUCACAUUAAGCGAUUUCGUCGAUAAAUUUCCUUUGCCGCAAAUCGUAAAAGUGCAAGAGGGUUACUACGGACCMGACGAAGACUCCUGUCUAGGAGCAGAUCAAAUUUUGUUCUUACAUGCCUUGAAGCAUACAGAGAAGGUUCAAGCUAGAGAUGUGAGGAGAAGGGAGCUGCAUAUUCCAUUAAACUGUUCUCAAAAGAUAGAAAUUCGUCCGUCAAACAUGAAAGCCAUUGAAAGUGUUUUUGACUUAGCGAAAGUAUUUACRAGYAAGAAAAUUCCUCAAUUUGUCCGAGURACGCAAGGCUACAGCAGCACUGAAGAUGACAACCUCUGUCUGAAUCCAGGUGACAAGCUUAAGCUAUUAGAAGUUGUUCGUGAACAAAAUGAAGAGUAUUUUAAAGUUGAAGCUCAAGACGGUAGUGGUUUUCCUCUUCACAUACCACUAAAUGCUUGCGCACGGUUUCAGCCAUUGACAGACGGGCGUGAGUACUACAUUAAAGAGGCUGUGGAUUUGACAAAAAUGCCUUUUUUCUUCCAAUUUAUCAAGCCUUUGAAUAUGAGUGAUACAGGUGAAGCGGCAGUGUUUAAUUCAAAACUKGGAGUACUUCGWGCAGAAAGGACCUACCAUGACUCUACAGUKGUAUGCACGACCAAGGAUGGAGAGAUUAGAACUGUGGUCACGUGCCCCAWGGACUUACAGAUCACCAUAACAGCAGCAAGUGGAGCUCUUGUAGGUGACAAGGAGUACAUGAAGGUUUGCAGAUUCUUUCAUGAUGGUGUAAGUUUGAAGAGAAUUGAAAACAUGGAAUACUUGAAUGUUUUUGCUUCAAGAGAUACUAUCCGAGAGUACCAUUACGAUGUACCCAAGACUCCCUCGUCACCAUCAGAAGAAGAGUUAACCACACGUGAUGAACAUGGUGUUAAUCUCCAACACAAUAAUAUUAACAAAGACAUCGACAACUUGUCAAGCAACAAAUUUGAUUAUGAACAGUUUAAAAGUAGCUUUGAUACAGCUGGCCAGGGUGAAGCUGAUGAUGAUGGAGAUGACUACGAAGACAUGACUGAAGAACCAUAUCAACAGCCAAGCUCUACAACCCCAGUACUUUACCUGGAAAAGCCAACUCCACCUCCAGUGAAACCCAAGCCUAUGGUCAAAGUCCAGGGAAGACAUCACAAAGAAAAUCCAAAGCCUGAAUCAACACCAUCCUCCAUUCAAGAACCAGAACCUGUAUAUUCAGUUCCACCAAGACAAGAGAAUGUCACACCAACAUCAAAUAUACAUCAAGAAGCAUCAACAAAUGACAAGAAACCUCAUCAAAAUGAAACAAMACCUGCACCAGAUACAGCCUCAAAUCAAAUAAAAGACAUGUCAGUUGUCGAAGUUACACAGUUCCUGGAAAAACACCAUUUGUCAGACUUUGUUGAAACAUUUGCAUAUAAUCAAAUUGAUGGGGAUAUGCUGGAAAGUAUGGAUUUUGAAAUGAUGGAAGCACUUGGGAUGAAUAAAUUCCAACAGAAAAAGUUAUCAAAACUUAUUCAGGGAUGGAGACCAAAGUGUUGAGCACAGUCUUGUAGUAUAAUAAUACCAUUAACAAAUUGUGCACAGUUUUGAGUUGCAUGUGCUCUCAUUGAGAUAGAUAGAUACUUUAUUAAAAUUUACAUUUGCAGCCAGUGGCUGAAUUGUAGUAAACAAAGUUACAAAGGAUGUGAUUAUUCAAGACACACUCUUGGCAUGACAAUGAAAUGUUCAAAACUCAAAUGGACCAAUGGCUGGCAAAAUGGAAUACAUUAAAGGCUCAGCGUAAUUAUUCAUGAAAGCAUGUAGUACUGAGAGAAAAAGCUCCCUAACAUAGCAACAGUCAUCACCGGAUUGGGACGAACCUCAUGAUAAGUUGAGAAAACAACAGAUAAUCUUCAAAACAACAAAACCAAACCUCUGGAUCCUAACCUAACAAUAGAAAUGGUGCUGAUCGGUACUGGAACAUUAAGGAAAGGCAUAUUUUUCCAGAUUCUUUUUGUCAUUUUAACUUUUUUAAGUACAAUAAUAUAGAAAAUUUUCUGUUUUUGAGCACAUUUCUUUUUUAGAAAAAGAAUGAGUAGUUUUUAAGAUAAUGUAGUUUAUUUGUAAUCUUGAGACCUUGAGGUUAAUCCGGGGGUUUGAAUUGUAAUAGUAUUAUUUUUGGCACUAUAAAUGUACUAAGACCUCCAUUGUAUUUUAGCCUGCAUUGUAAUGAGUAAUUUGAGUUGCAGGAAAACAAAUUACAACUCAAAAAAUAUACCACAUUUUUUGACAAUGAAAGAUGAAAAUCUAUGUAAGGUGUAUCAAAUACAGACAUUUUCAGUAUGUUACAGGUAUAAAGAUGAAGGAUUGAGUACAAUUAUUUGUACAGUACAGUCUACUUUGAUGAUUUUGUAUUUUGACUUUCCACAUAGCUUUAGGUUAUACUCAAUAUGAAGAAGUCAUGGUAACCACUUCUGGUAAUGACUUCAAGGUAAAACAGUAGAGUACAUAGACUAAAUCAAUAAAACUUGAAUAGUACCAAAAACAACCUAAAUAUUAUGAUAAUUCCCAUCAUUUUGUGCAGUAGAGAGCAUAACUAAAAGCAUGAAAAAGGACAAACCAAACAGUGCUAAAUAGUUGCUCAAUAUAACAUAAAUUAGAAGACAGAAAACAAGGGAGAGUGAACUCAAGUCAGUACACUUUAGCACUAUUYAAUAUUACUAAACUUUUUCAUGAUUUUAGUUUUUGCACUCUAGUGAUAAUYACCGCUUGACUCAUAGAUUGAGUGAAUGCACUGUUUUUAGCUUAGCACAAGAAAAAAAUUUCAAGACAAAACAAUUUUAAUAUUGCCUCAGUUUGAUAGUCAAGUCCUUUUGACAAAAUAUAAAAUUUACACAGUACAUUGCAUUGUAGAUUUAAAAGUUACAAAAUUCAACCUUUGUACCAACACUUUUCACAAUCAGUAAUAAAGUCUUGAAUAACCUAGGAAAUCAGAAAAAUUGUGAAUUUAGAUUAAUAUGCUAUGUUGAUGUAAACUAUAAUAUCAUUUUAAUUAUCAAUAAACCUCAACAAUCACCAUUA